CAAAUAGUUUUACGGCGGACCCGGCCUUGACCUGAGUCGCUGCCGGCCACACAUUAAGAUGAGGCGGCGUUGUGCACAGUGGGUGUGGGCAUGGCUGUGCGUGUGGACGGCAGCGGCAACAGCGAUGCCGCCACCUGCACUGCCCGGCAAGCGCGAUGUGUUCGUAUCACGUGGCUGGGGGGCCGGCGGAAUGCCCUUCAGUGUGCUCUACCUGCCCGCACCUGUCCUGCCUGCAGGCGAGCCACAGCCACAGUCAGAACAGCCUGUGUCACAGGCACUUACAUUUCCCAAUGGAGCAGAGGAAGAGGACGAUGAAACUGAUAUCCCAGAAAUUGCUGAACAAGACGCCGGCCUACCUCAUACAGCUGCCUACCGUGCGAUGGAGCUGCGUAAUGCUAGGGAGCUCCUACAGCAACCACUAUCCCGCAAGCACUAUUCUGUCAUACCUCAGCUGUUCGUAUCUUACGGUUGGGGCCCACUUGGAAAAUAAAACUGGAAUUUUCAUCCACUCUAUUCCAUUCUAUACUUAAAUCUCCAGUGUAUGUGAAUGUACUUAUUUAACUAAUACAAUCAAUUUUUGGCAAGUUUGUCAACUUAUUCACUGAAAUACAUGUAA